AUGCAGCGAGUUCAGACCUCAAUCCAGACGCUGAAGGCCAAGCUUGAUACGGCCAACGCAAAUGCAGAUGCGUUUGAGAAGAGGCUGAAGGAGCUCGAGGAGCUCAACGCGAAACGCUCCAAGGAAGGGGAAGAAUUGUCUGCUCGUCUGGAUUACAUUAGGCAGUCCUCAAGGAUCACGAAACGACUUGUUACGGUGAACUCUGACCUGGAGGAUGCGAGAAACAAGAUCCUUAAGCAAGAGGGGCGGAUAAUGGCUCUCGAAGAUCGUCUAAAGACGAUCGAAGACGAACGGGACAUGCUCGAGGUCAAAUGCAAGGAGCUCAAGCAGAAGCACGAAGACUUGCAAGUCGAACUGAAUGGACUGUAA